AACCGUGGAGGCAUUUUUUUUAAAAAAUGGUGGUCUUUUGGUAAUUCUCGUGAGAAAACAGAUUUUUUUUUUUCAAGCUUAAAUUUCUUUUUUUUUUAAAAAAAAAAAAAAAUGAAAAAAACAAAACAAAAAUUGUUUUUCACCCCCUGGAAGUUGCUGAAAGCAGUUUUGAGGCAGAAAUCUGAAUUUGGAAAGCGUGUGAUGGUUCUUUGCUCGAUGAUUCAGAUUUCAGGUGGCCUCAGAGAAUAUUCCAGAGGCUGGUUUAAGUAGGAUUGCUGAGAAUUCCAAGGAAUUUGCUUUCUGUAACCCCCCCUUGGCCAAGAUGAUGUUUCCAAAGCAGCUUUUCCUUGGAAAAAAACACUUUAAAAAUGAAUUUUUUUGUUGGUGAAUGGUGCAGCAGCUGCUCCUUAAAUCCUUUCUGAGAGGGUGUGGAUGUAGAAAUAUUUAAUAUAUUUAUAUUUAAAAAUAAAGGCUUCAUGGUUUGUUAUUUCCCAUCCAGCAGAUGAAUUUGGAAUUUUAAGGGGAGAGGAUUAAACUGCUUGGGGGUGAAAAAUAGAAUUUUAGGGAAAAAAAAAAACAAAAAAACAACAAAAACAACAAACUGCAGCGCAUGAACAGAGGGGAAUAUUUAAAAAAUAAAAAAGAAAAAAAAAAAAAAACAAACAAAAAACCACAAAAGUUGUAUUUGUAGAUUGUUAUUAAAGUGCAAAUAACUGAAUUUUCAACACUGGUUUGGAGUCAGCUUUCAGGGCAUAAUGUGAUGAAAAGAUCAGCCUAUGCCCCCCCUUUUAAAGGAAAAUUAUCAGCAGGAGAAAUCAGGAUGUGUAAAGCUAACAGGCAUCGCAAAGCCCAAAAGGGAUUUGGCGCCGUGACUCAGCGGGGUGAGGAGGAGGAGGAGGAGCAGCAGCGCCAGCUGGUGGUGAGGGCCGAGCUGAGCCCACAGUGAGCAGCCAGGAAUUCUCCCAAACUCCUGGGAAUGGCUGGGGGACGCCGGGGUCCCAACAGAACCUCCUACUGCCGGAACCCCCUGUGCGAGCCCGGAGCUGCCGGAGCCUCCGGACACUCCUCGGGCUCCUCCGUCACCGGCGUGCGCUCCCGGACCAGGAGUGGCUCAGGGACAGGCCUGUCCAGCCCCCCUCUGGCAGCUCAGACAGUCGUUCCCCUGCGGCACUGCAAGAUCCCCGAGCUGCCCGUGGAGAGGAGCGUCCUGUUCGAGCUGCAGCUCUUCUUCUGCCACCUCGUCGCCCUCUUCGUCCACUACAUCAACAUCUACAAGACAGUGUGGUGGUACCCACCCUCCCACCCUCCUUCCCACACCUCCCUGAACUUUCACCUCAUUGACUUCAACGUGCUGACAGUGACAACCAUCGUGCUGGCACGGCGGCUCAUUGGUGCUGUGGUCAAGGAGGCUUCCCAGAGUGGCAAAGUCUCCCUGCCACGCUCCAUCUUCCUGGUGGUCACUCGCUUCGCCGUCCUCACGGGCACAGGCUGGAGUUUGUGUCGCUCCAUCAUCCACCUCUUCAGGACCUACUCAUUCCUCAACCUCCUGUUCCUGUGCUACCCGUUUGGGAUGUACAUCCCCUUCCUCCAGCUGAACUGUGACUUUCGGAAGGCAGGGCUCUUCGCCCAGGUGGCCAACAUUGGCCCCAGGGACACAGGGGAGGUGACAGCCCGGGGCAGGGACUACCUGACAGUGCUCAAGGAGACCUGGAAGCAGCACACGAGGCAGAUGUACGGCAUGGAGGCCAUGCCCAGCCAUGCCUGCUGCCUCUCCCCAGACCUCAUCCGCAACGAGGUGGAAUUCCUGAAAAUGGAUUUCAACUGGCGCAUGAAGGAGGUGCUGGUGAGCUCCAUGCUCAGUGCCUACUACGUGGCCUUUGUGCCCGUGUGGUUUGUCAAGAACACUCAGUACUACGACAAACGCUGGUCCUGUGAGCUCUUCCUGCUGGUUUCCAUCAGCACCUCGGUGAUCCUCAUGCAGUACCUGCUCCCUGCACGAUACUGUGACCUGCUCCACAAAGCUGCAGCACACCUUGGCUGCUGGCAGAAGGUGGAUCCAGCCCUCUGCUCCAACGUGCUGCAGCACCAGUGGACUGAGGAGUGCAUGUGGCCUCAGGGGGUGCUGGUGAAGCACAGCAAGAACGUUUACAAGGCCGUGGGUCACUACAACGUGGCCGUGCCCUCGGACGUGUCACACUUCAGGUUCCACUUCUUUUUCAGCAAACCACUGCGAAUCCUCAACAUCUUGAUCCUGCUGGAAGGAGCUGUCAUCUUCUACCAGCUCUACUCGCUGAUUUCCUCAGAGAAGUGGCACCAGACGAUCUCACUGGCUCUGAUCCUCUUCAGCAAUUACUACGCCUUCUUCAAACUGCUGCGGGACCGGCUGGUGCUGGGCAAAGCCUACUCCUAUGCUGCCAGCAGGGACUCAGAGCAGAAGUUAAAUUAAAACAAUUGCACUGAUGCUCUCAGCAUAUUACAGAACAAACAAAAACAAGAAACCCUCAGAGCUUUGUAUUUUUGUUACCACUGCUUUUUUUUUGUUGUCGUUUUCUUUGAUAACUGAUGUAAUUAAAAGGAAAAAAAAAAAAAACAAAACAUAUUUUUUUACUCCCAA